AUGCCGAAGCCUGUCAUCACCUCCGCCAAGUUAUCGCACAGUCGGACCUUGAGCGCUUCAACCAGGUCAGAUAUUCGGAGUCGAACUCUGCCUGAAGCGGUUGCAAGGCCUGCCCGACCACUGUCGAAAGGAGCAACUGCAUUGGUUGACAACCCCGCCCUCAAGAAGCCCGAAUUCAACAGCUACAAGCAACACUUCAGCCCGAAGAAGACAAAACAAGUCCCAUCAUCAACAUCCACGCUCAGUCGAUCGGGAGGCGGUGGCGGGAGCUCUAGUGAAGCUUCGGCCGAAGGUCGGCACUUACAAGACGAACUGCUGCAGCUGACCCUGCUGCACGAUACUGCUGCAACUACCCUUCGGGCGUACCAGAAAAGCAUCACGUUACAGCUAUCAGCGUGGUCUGAUGAUCUGAGUCAGCAACUCCAAACCCUUGCAUCUCUAGAAGGAGAAAGUCAGGCUAAAGCUAACGCUUAUGUGGCAAAAUCCUGGCUUCACGCUGGAAGAGAGCAGCGCUCAACAACAUCAGCGGCAUCGAACAGACUUCUUGUCUUAGCACACUCGAUAAGAGAACUUACGUGUAUCACUAAGCCAUUUGGACCGCUUGAUUCUGUUAUGCGCCUAUUUGAAGAGUGGCAGAUUUCCGCCGCUUCUACAAGUCCGAAUGGUGCAUCACUAAGUCAACUCGCUCCGCUGGACCCGCAAUGGUCAGACAGGCUCACAAGCGUGCAGAAGAGAGUCCAGACCUGCGCGGAUUCACUGGCAGAUCUACAAGGGCCGAGUGUCUCUUCGUCGAUUGGUCUGCUGAUUCAUAUGCACUCUAGGCUGGCGGACCAAGUACUGCAGGAGAUCGCGAUUUGUAGGGAUAUAGAGGUCCUGAUCCUGCGACGUGAACAGGAGUGGAUGGAAGCCGCAGUCACACGGGCUCUGUCUGAAGUGGAGGGACAUGGUUACGGACAAGCCAGCCAUCUCGCCGAGAGGAAAGGCAUAUGGGAUAGACGGGAGGAAGAUCAAUUGCCACGUCGGUGA